AUGUUAUUCCAGAACCAACGGCUCAUGGACGAAUUACGGGCAUGUCAAAGCUACAACCGGAACUUGCAUGCUCAGCUACAGAACAGCGAAGCUCAAACGGAGUGGCUCAUCAAGGAGAAUGAAGCAAUACGGAGUCAGAAUGCCUAUAUCUUUGUCACGAUUGACGGAAAUGGCUUGCUGUUCCGCGAUGAAUGGAUCAAGAAAGGCGCUGAAGGCGGCAGGAUGGCUGCAAAAGUUCUCCAAGGGGCUAUUAUCGCGCAGUGCGGCGAACAUUCUGACGUCGAAGUAAUUGCAAAAGUGGUAACAAACAUUGACGGUCUGGCCAAGACUUUGGGCCGUGACGUGUCCCAUUUGAGGGACUUCGCUUUGGGAUUUACCCAAGGCGGGUCUAGUUUUGACUUUGUUGAUGUUGACUAUCGCGAGGGUUGUUUGUCAUCUCAGAUCACGGGUACGUGGCAUUUCCGGAGUAGUGGGCAACGUAACAAUUUACACAUUCUCAUGGGCAUCUCGCAUGACCCUUCAUACGCUACUUUCCUCAACGAGGUCUCCCAAGAUGAAUUCUGCCGCAGUCGUAUGACCAUGGUCGAGGGCACCUCCACCGUUCCCGAGCUAAUCGCCACCAACAUUCCCAGCCUCGACCUUGGAAAACAACUCUUCUGUGGGGACACAUACCUAUCUGAGAAAAAUCCAUAUGAUUCACGUCGUAGAUCAUGGGCCACAGGCCUUCAACCUGCCAUCCCUGAGACCAGCAUUGCACCAGUCAACAAGCCCAGUUGUUCAUCAUCAUAUGCGGACGCAGCCAAAAGUGGCAGUCCUCCGCGUGAAAUUUCAUUUCUAGCAACUCCAAAGCCCAUCGCUUCUCGGGUUUCUAAGCGACACAACCUUGAUAGUCCUUCUGAGCAGGUCGAGUGGAACCCUGGACCUCGUGAGUUGGAUGCGCCCAUUCAGGCUCGUGUACUCGCAAUGGACAGCAGGAAAGACCCAAAAAAACUCUGCAAUGUUCACUUCUUGCGAGGACCCUGCACAAAGGGCAACCGAUGCCCUUUUGUGCAUGAUUAUUCGCCCAGCAGUGAGGAAAUUAAUGCAAUUGCCUUAUUGGCUCGCCAGUGGCUAUGCAAAGAUGGACAGGACUGUAAAUUUGAUGAAUGCAUUUAUGGGCAUCAUUGCCCUAGCAUCCGUGAUAAUAUGUGUAUGUACCCCUACUGCAAAUUCCCUGCAGAAAGUCAUCCCCCUGGGACCAAAGUUUAA